AUGGCGGGCCUGUUCAAGAACGUCUUUGGCGGUUCCCAGCCCUCGAACCCAGCCAAGGUUGACGAUGACUUCGCCGACUUCGUCGAAGCUCCGGAACCCUCCCCGGCCUCCCUCGUCGCCGGGUCCUCAUCCAUCCCAGCCGUGAACACCCAAGGCGUCACCCCGGUCCCCUACACCAAAUGGUAUCGGGUAUGGGAGCGGACCUCGCCACGAGACUUCAUGCAAGAAGCGACCGUGAUGCCCAUCAUCCUCCUAAUCAUCCUCUUCCACUUCUGGGGCACGCGCAAGAACCGCCGCAAGGCGCGCGACUGGGCGCAAGCCCACACCUCCGCCCUGCAAAGCGAGUUCGCCGUUGUGGGUUUCGACGGCCCCAGCAGCAGCAACAGCGAAGGACAACCUGCCCCCGAAUCCCUCCUCAAGGAACGCUCCGCUCAAGAAUUCGCUUCCUACGCGACCGGUCGUCAGAACGUGGCAUUCGUGGACGUGGCCAUCAAGCUCCCCAAACGGUACAACCCCGUCACUUUCUGGACGGAGACUGUCCUGGGCUUCUUGUUUGAGAGCUGGACCCCGCCGACGGAAACUUACGAGGCCACGGCGUACACCUUCGACGGAAAGGAGAAGGACGUUGUCCCGCUUCCGGCUAAUGAUCGUUCUUCGUUGAAAGUAAACAACUCCACCUAUGAUGGAUUUAUCUGGGCUGUUGUACACAAGAACUACAUGCGGAAGUUCCGUCAGGAUCGCUAUGAUGCGAGCAUCACUUUCACCAGGGAUAACAACAAGUUGCCUAACUGGGUUACGGUCAUGACCGAGAGUGCGGAGAUCACGGAUGCUUUGCUCACGAACGAGUUGGCCCAGGCUAUUGAGAAGGCCGGCAAUGACUUCAAGUACUUGAUUGUUACUGACCAGCCCGUUGACAAGCCUAUGGAAAUCGAGGAAACCACCCCCCGCAAGCGCAUCGAACUGUCCGUCACUCUCCCCAGCAACGCAGAAGGCUACACCACCACCCUGCCUCUAUUCACGCAAUUCCUCCGCUUCGCCGACCGCCUCGUUGGCGCCGCCCACUUCCGGCCUGAAGUGAUGCGCAAGGUGCGGGGCACUCGCGAGGAAGAGAUCAAGAAGCUGCGUCGUGCGGAUGAGGAGGAGAAGGCCGAGGAGCGCAGACUUGCCGCCGAGAAGGUCAAGAAGGAAGACAGGGAACGUCUCCUGCGUGGUAUGUCUGCGGAGGAGCAGAAGAAGUACCUGGAGCGUGAGCAGCAGAAGGAGCACCGCCGGAUGAUGAAGAAGAGUACCCGUCGGGCGUGA